AUGGUUAAGAGGAGAAAGACUCUAAAUAGUUUAAAAAAGGGUUUGUUAUCAUCGCAAAAAUCUAGAGAAAAUCUUACUAUGCUAAAUGAGAGCACUUCUCUCACCAAUAAAAUACUUAAACUUAAACAAAUCGAAAAUGCUGGUAAUACCUUGAUAAUUAAAGAUGAUAUAAUAAAUAGAGAUGAGAAUCAUGCAGAACAUUAGGAUACUUUAGAAGAUGAGGACUAAGAAGAUGGAAAUUUAAAUGAUUCAUAAUAAGAACUUGAUGAUCUUUGGUUUGAAAAAGAAUUUCGUAAACAUUAUAAGAUAACACAUGAAGACAUUAAUAUUAAGAUGACAAAACUGUUUCAAAAUUGGCUAGUCUAGAAAAAGAAGCAGAUGAAGAUUUCUGAGGUAAAGAAAUAUGACCCCUAGUAUUUAGUUAGUGAUAAGUAUUUGACAUUGUUAAGACAGAAUAAUUCAAGGUAUUUCGAAGCAUUCAAUCAAGUUAAUAGAAAUAACUAUGUCUUUAAGGAAAUGAGCAGAAAGUAUAAAAAGAAAUAGAAUAGUGAUUAGUUUUAGAUUAAAAGUGAUUCAAAGAUACAGGGAUCCGCAAGUACCAGUUAACUGCUAAAUAAUUAGAAUCCGAAUCUAAGAUCCAUCAUUGAUUUAAUCAUCGGCAAAAGGGAAGAAAAUCCAGUAAAACUUACAUCACAGAAAAAGAUUAACAAAAGACUACUAGAGAUCAUGAAACUAAAAGAUAUCAAUAAUGAUAAAAGGAACAAUAAGAUGAGUAUUGAGAAGCAAAGAGAGGAGAUGAUUAAGAAAACUAGGGAAUAGAAUUUCUUUUAGAUAUCACAGACACAGGAUUAGCUUUAUGAUGACAUUAUACAAAUAAAAAGAGAACAGAGAAAAGCUAAGUCAAAGCCACGGACACAGUAUCAAGAAUAUUUUAUCCAAACUAUCCCCAAAAGUGAGAAUGUGCCUAAAGUUUCAAUUAAUGAUUGA